AUGUUCAAAGAAAUACUUCUUCCAUUGUCCAAUCUUCAGAAAAUUAUACUUGCAGGAUGUGGAAUUACCGCCAUUCCAGAAAUGCUGUUUACACCAUUCAAAAAGAUAUGGUCUAUAAAUCUUAGUCAGAACAAAAUAUUUCAGUGGAAAAACUUAUUCCUUAAUGUUACAUCGUUAACUAUGCUGGAAUUGAGCGUGAAUUCGAUUGCAGUCAUAAAUCAGACUUCCUUUCCCCGGGAAGUAUUGUAUUCCUUAAAGAUACUUAACUUAGGCUUUAACCCUUUCUCUUGUACAUGUGAUCAGCUUUGGUUUCUGAAUUGGACGAAACAUUUCAUGAAGAAAGUUGUACACUUCAAGAAUUAUAAAUGCAAACAUCCACCAGAUUUAGCUGGAAAGCUGUUGUAUGAUUAUCACCCAACAGUGGAAAUAUGUUCUCCCUGGAAUCCAAUGAAUACAAUUAUAAUUGGUAUUGCAGGAAGCGGAAUGAUAAUUGUGUUAAUAAUUGUGUUAGUUGUACGAUGCCAAUCAAAUAUUAAGAAUUAUAUGUACCUUUUCCGUGUGACGUACAACAAAAGACGAGGAUAUAUAACCUUGGAUGACGACGAAGAUUUUGAAUACAAUGCAUUUGUUGUGUACUGUGAAGCAGACAGCGAUUGGGUUCAUACAAAAUUCAUACAAAGAGUUGAAAAUGAAGAGGGAUUGAAACUAUGUAUUCAUCAUCGUGAUUUUGAAAUCGGACAACCAAUUAUCGGCAAUAUUAAUAAGUUUGUGGAGAAAUCCCGAAAAGUUGUCGUGAUAAUGUCAAAUGAUUUUGCCAAAAGUGAAUGGUGUCAGUGGGAGGUUGAUGUCGUACAGGAAAAACGUAGACGACUGGGAAGAGAUGUGUUUCUUCUCAUUAUGUUGAAGAAUAUUGACUCCAGUCAUAUGACAAGUCAUCUCCGAGCUCUACUGGCCAGUGGUCAUCAUGUUAAAUAUUCAAGUGGUGUAGGAGAGGAUUUGUUUUGGAGAGCUGUUGUAGAAGGUCUUAAAAAACCUUUAGGAUAUCCACCUAUUGCGCUGUUGUAA